UCCAUAAUACUAUUCUCCACCGUCGGGGCUUCCAUCUUUCUGGGCCCCGCACCAACAUCCUCUGAUUCGUUCCGUUCUUUUGCUCUGCGCCAGGGAAAUUUAAUUGCCCGCAUUCGCACAACGAGAACCCCUCCCCCUCCUUUGCUUCACGCGCGGUUUGAGUCACCGGUGGUCAAGAUACUUAUCCGACGAUUUGUGGCGCGAUCGGCGCCCUGGAGAUUCACUCCUCCGACAUAUCGAUCAUUUUCAAGGAUGUCUCAAUCCUCUGCACCCCAGAACCCGAUUGGUGAGCCCACGGCUCCCUUGACGGACCGCCCACCCCAGGUCGACGCACAAACGGGAAAUCAGGAUGCCUCUGCAGCCCCCAAGGUGAAGAGCGAGAAAGAGUUGGAGAGGGAACGCAAGAAGGCCGAGAAAGCAAAGAAAUUUGCUGAGAAGCAGGCAAAGGCUGCGGCCAAACCGGCUCCCGCUCCCAAGACUGACAAGAAGGCCAACAAGGUCGAGAAGGAGAAGACCACCGACGCCUACGACCCCAAGACCAUCGAAGCUGAUCGAUACGCAUGGUGGGAGGAGCAAGGUCUCUUCAAGCCUGAAUUCGGCCCCGAUGGCAAGGUCAAGCCCGCCGGCUCCUUCGUCAUUCCAAUUCCUCCCCCGAACGUUACUGGGUCCCUGCACAUGGGCCACGCCCUUACCAAUGCCCUGCAAGACACCAUGAUCCGCUGGCAGCGGAUGAAGGGUAAGACUACACUGUGGUUGCCCGGUAUGGACCAUGCCGGUAUCUCGACCCAGAGUGUUGUCGAGAAGAUGGUCUGGAAGAACGAGAAGAAGACCCGCCACGACUAUGGCCGUGCUGCUUUCACAGACAAGAUCUGGGAGUGGAAACACGAAUACCAUGCCAACAUCAAGAAUGCUUUGAAGAGAGUGGGUGGUUCCUUCGACUGGUCUCGCGAGGCUUUCACCAUGGAUCCCAACCUGUCCGCUGCUGUCACCGAGACCUUCGUCCGACUUCACGAGGAGGGUAUCAUUUACCGUGCUAACCGCCUGGUAAACUGGUGUGUGGCUUUGAACACCUCUCUCUCCAACCUUGAGGUCGACAACAAGGAAGUCGAAGGCCGUACCCUCCUCGACGUGCCUGGCUACGAGAAGAAGGUUGAGUUUGGUGUGUUGACUCACUUCUGCUACGAGAUCGAUGGCACCGGCGAGAGAAUCGAGAUUGCUACCACUCGUCCUGAAACCAUGAUCGGUGACAGUGGUAUUGCUGUCCACCCCACUGACAAGCGCUACCAGCACUUGAUUGGCAAGAAUGCCCGCCACCCCUUCCUGGAUCGUCUGCUCCCUAUCGUCGCUGACCCGGAGGUUGACCCCGAAUUCGGUACUGGUGCUGUCAAGAUCACCCCUGCCCAUGACUUCAACGACUUUAACCGCGGAAAGGCGCACAACCUCGAGUUUAUCUCCGUCAUGAACGAUGAUGGUACAUUUAACAAGAAAGCCGGUCCCUUCGCUGGUAUGAAGCGUUUCGAUGCUCGUUACAAGGUCAUUGAUGCUCUUAAGGAGAAGGGAUUGUAUGUCAAGUGGGAGCACAACCCCAUGAAGAUCCCCCGCUGCAACAAGUCGAAUGAUGUGAUUGAACCUAUCCUGAAGCCCCAGUGGUGGAUGAAGAUGGAGAGUCUUGCUGAGCCUGCCAUUAAGGCUGUCGAGGAUGGCGAAAUUAUCAUCAAACCCGAGAGUGCUGAGAAGAGCUACUUCCGCUGGAUGAGAGGCAUCAACGACUGGUGUUUGUCCAGACAGCUCUGGUGGGGUCACCAGGCCCCGGCUUACUUCAUCCAGGUUGAGGGUGAGGAAAGCGAUGACAGCGAUGGUAACUUCUGGGUUACUGGCAGAACCGAGGAGGAGGCCCAGAAGAAGGCUGAGGCUAAGUUCCCUGGCAAGAAGUUCUCUUUGACAAGGGACCCCGAUGUUCUCGACACAUGGUUUUCUUCUGGACUGUGGCCCUUCUCUACCUUGGGAUGGCCUCGCCAGACUCACGACUUGGAGAACUUGUACCCCACCUCUGUUUUGGAGACUGGCUGGGAUAUUCUGUUCUUCUGGGUCGCCAGAAUGAUCAUGCUAGGUAUUAAGAUGACCGGCAAGAUUCCCUUCAAGGAGGUGUACUGUCACUCCUUGAUCAGAGAUUCUGAAGGUCGUAAGAUGUCAAAGUCUCUGGGUAACGUUAUUGACCCUCUGGACGUCAUGGAGGGUAUCGAGCUCCAGACACUCCACUCUAAGCUUCUCACUGGUAACCUUGCUGACAAGGAGGUUGCCACUGCUACCAAGUACCAGAAGAAGGCUUUCCCCAAGGGAAUUCCGGAGUGUGGUGCUGAUGCUUUGCGCUUUGCUCUCGUGUCUUACACCACUGGUGGAGGUGAUAUUGCAUUCGACACCCAGGUCAUCUUUGGCUACCGUCGUUUCUGUAACAAGAUCUACCAGGCUACCAAGUUCGUCCUUGGCAAGCUGGGUGAAGACUUCAAGCCCAAGGCAACUGUCGGAAAGACUGGUCGGGAGUCCCUUUCCGAACGCUGGAUUCUGCACAAGUUCAACACUGCUACCAAGGAAAUCAACGAAGCCCUUGAGCAGCGUGACUUCUCCAUUGCUGCUUCCACUGUUUACCAGUACUGGUACAGCCAGCUUUGCGACGUCUUCAUUGAGAACUCUAAGACUCUCCUUGCACCCGAGGUUCCUGCAGAGGUGCAGCAGUCCGCCAAGGAAACCCUCUACACCUCUCUUGAGGGUGCCCUGACCAUGAUCCACCCCAUUAUGCCUUUCGUUACGGAACACCUGUGGCAGCGUCUCCCCCGCCGCCCCGACGACAAGACAAUUUCGAUCAUGACCGCUCAGUUCCCCGAAUACCGGGAAGAGUUCCACGACCCUGAAGCCGAAAGAGCCUACGAACUCAUUCUGAACACCUCCAAGGCUAUCCGUUCGAUCCUUGUUCAGUACGACGUCCGCACCAAGGGCGACAUCAUCAUCCAGGCCUACGAUGAGACCAGCUACAAGACCGUCUCGGACGAAGUGUCCAUUAUCAAGUCCCUGGGUGGCAAGCUCUUGGGCGAGCUCAGCGUCCGCGGACCUGAGGACACCACCCGCCCUGCAGGAUGUGUCGUGUCGGCUGUCGGUGCCGAGGUUGCCGUCUAUCUCCGUGUGUCCAAGGAAGUUGCCCUGGAGCAAGAAGAGAAGGCUAAGGCUAGUCUCGAGAGGGCUCGCGAGAACCUCCGCAAGUCGCAGGGCAUCAUUAACGGUGCUGGUUGGAAGGAGAAGGCCAAGCCUGAGGUGCGUGAGGCAGAGGAAAAGAAGCUGCGGGACUCCGAGAGUGAAACCGCUCGCUUGGAGGAGCAGAUCCGCGAGUUUGAGAAAUUGAGAUUGGAGUAGAUAUGUCUAUGAUACACUUGCAAAAUUCGAGUUAAUAUGUUCUGGUUGUUACUUUGACCAUAUGCAGUAUUCCUAUCGUAGCACUAUGAAUGGGAAUUCCCAGGAAUUCCCAGAAUAUUCCAUACUAUUUCUUAGAUGACCGC